AUGGCGUCUUCUAGUUAUACUAUUGUUUUAUUUGUAUAUAAAACGGUUUGAAAAAAAUACAUUACAAGUUUUUAAAUAAUCUUACUAAUAUUGUAUCAUUAAAUUUCGGAAUAUAAAACGAUUUAUAAUAAUAGUUAUUACUCAAUAAUAAUUAUUUACGAGUUUUUCGAUCGGUCUCCAUAACAAAAAAUGGCGUAAUGGUAUAUGACGACAACGAAAACAGUAUUUUGAAAAUUGUUUUUUCGAUUAUAUUUUGAAAUACUAUACACGUGACGUAAUUCGAUAGAUAUAUAUAAGUACAAAAAUUUUCUUUAUGGUUAUAAUUAAAACAAGUUUGAGCAAAUUAUUGAAUCCUUAUUAAAAUAAUAUACAAUGCGUUGGAGAGAAUCAAAAGUGAAUUCGAAAAUUAUCAACGGUAAAAAAAUCGCCGACGAUAUACAAAAAGAAUUAAAAAGGGAUAUAGAAGAUUGGGUGGGUAAAGGACAUCGUUCCCCAUGUCUUAUAGCGAUCUUAGUAGGAGAAGAUGCUGCUAGUAAAAAAUACGUUCAUAAUAAAAUGAUUGCCGCUAAAAAAGUCGGUAUAACAAGCACGACGAUUAAUCUACCUGAAAAUAUAACUGAAGAAGAACUAAUUGGUAAAAUACAAGAACUAAACGAAGAUCCUUCGGUGGAUGGUAUAUUGGUGCAAUUACCUGUACCGGAACACAUUUCGGAAAGAAAAGUUUGUAACGCAGUUGGUCCGAAAAAAGAUGUCGAUGGUUUUCACAUUACCAAUAUGGGACGUUUAGCCAUUAAUAUGGAUACCCUAGUACCGUGUACCGCUUUGGCAGUAAUAGAAUUGAUAAAAAGAUCCCAAAUUAAAACUUUCGGUAAAAACGUCGUGGUAUGUGGUAGAUCCAAACACGUUGGUCUACCUAUAGCUUUGUUACUUCAUUCUGACGCCAGAAACGAAUGUCCCGGUUUGGAAGCUACGGUGACUUUAUGUCACCGACAUACCCCUCCGGAAGAUUUGGAAUUUUACCUCAAGAGAGCCGAUAUUAUUAUCAGUGCUACCGGUGUGGUGAAUUUGAUUAAACCAGAAAUGGUAAAACCCGGGGCUUGUAUAAUAGACGUCGGUAUAACCAGGAUACAAACCGAAAGCGGUAAAGAUAAAAUCGUAGGAGAUGUCGACUUUGAAGGUUGUUUCGAUGUGGCGGGGAAAAUAACCCCCGUUCCCGGUGGCGUUGGACCUAUGACCGUAGCUAUGCUCAUGUCGAAUACUUUUAAAUCUGCUAAAUUAUUAGCGGCGUGAAAUUGUUUGAUUUACGAUCUUAUUUAUACAAAUUUAAUUGAAUAAUUUCAGUGAUGGUGUUUUAAAAAAUAAUCUUUUUACAGUAUUAUUAAUUUUGAUUUUUGUUAAUUAUUUAUGAUGUUUAUUAAUACAAACCUUCAAAAAUGC